AUGGCUGCGUCGUUUUGGAUCGCUGUCAUGAAAAGGCUCGAUACCCCUGGACGUCAUGAAUACCUGGGCUCUGCUGUGGAUGUUAUCGAUACCUAUUUUGGCGAUGACUGGGACUUAGCAUCAGAAGUCAGUGAUUCAGACGAUUUGGACUCUAAUUUUGACGACGACGACUACGCAUGGUUCGCAGGUUACAGACUCAGCCCAAACGUCGACAUCCCCAUAGCGCGUUUUACAUCACGCGUUUGUCUCGAGUUGAAGCGAAUGGCCCAGGUACCGCGCGGCAAUGUCAGAGCCUUUCCACUUGCUCUUCUAUUGCGCAUGGACGUUUUGGGAAUAGCGCGACUGAACUUGUUCGAGCGCUCCGUGCCGGUCGAUGAAAUAGAGGCAUUCCUCCAAAUUCUACUGAGCCAGGAGCCCAGAGCCGAGCCGUAUCCAGAACGCCCGCUGGACUGUGCCCAUGCGUUUCUCUAUCUAAACUAUUUCAUCACGGGUGAAACAUUCGGUAUGAAUGCCCUCCAUUUCCAGGGACCUCUCAUCAAUGCCUUAUUACCACUCGUGUCGCGCGAUUUGCGGCGAGAGCAUCGACGGAAUCUCAACCUGGCUUUUGGUCGACGACUACCAGCUGAGCUGUACGAGGAGAUACUAGAUCGCAUCGAAAAUGCGCAUGAUCUUCCCAAGGACCAAGCAGACUGGAAAGAAAAGUUGGAAUCGAUGCAAAUCUACUCGGAUCCUUUGUCGAUUAAUGGUCAACCAUUCGAGUUCUGA